AUGUCCGAGCCCAAAGAGAAAGAUCCCACCCCUCCCCCAACUCUAUCAACAACCAUAACAACCACCGAAAAGGAUCUAACAACCGCCCUAAUCCUAAUCUCAACCUCCAUCACCGAACAACGCCAAACAACCAGCCGCGCCCUAAUCCACAGCACCCCCUUCAUCUCCACCGUGCUAGGCCUGAUCAUCCCACUGGCCCUAAUAACAGAAUACUACCGACUAGACCGGGUCUCAGCCGCAUUCACAUGCAUCGCCAUCAUCGCCGCAGCGAUGAAAAGCGUCGAGUUUAUCACGGCGGGGUAUCUCGAUGCGGCGAGGGAUAUUGGAUGGGGGUGGCUAUACAGUGCUGACGAUGAAAACGAAGACAAAGAUACAAACAAAGAAAUCAACAUCGUCUUCGUGAGUCAGUGGAAAGAUUCCAUGGUCGGAACGCUUGUAUUGCGCGUUUAUCCCGCACCAACAGGCGAACCCAUUACCCACAAAAGGAAACCACUCAUCCGCGCCUGGACAGUCAAACAGGCAUACCGCCGUAAUGGCGUCGGCCGCUCACUCCUCCGUCUCGCCAUCACGCACUGCCGAUCGAGCGGGUGGGCUGAUCCGGACUUUGCGACCGAUCAUGCGAAUUGCUUGCGCGUCUUGCCGGGUUGGCUUUAUGGGGGGGUUGAAUUUGAGCGAGAGAGUUGCUUGGGAGGUCUUGGGGAGGGAGUUGGGUGCUGA